AAGGUUCCUGAAGCGGAACCCGGCCGUUUCCGGGAGCCGGCAAUCGUCCCCGCCGGCAGACCGGUGUUGCUACCGGAGAGAGGGAGGUGCGCGGGCUUGCGGUUCCCGGCGUUUGGUCCUGACCUGUAACGGUGGGAAGAGAAAAUGGCCCUGCUGUGCUACAACCGGGGCUGCGGGCAGCGCUUCGAUCCCGAGACCAAUUCCGACGAUGCUUGCACAUACCACCCAGGUGUUCCAGUUUUUCAUGAUGCAUUAAAGGGUUGGUCUUGCUGUAAGAGAAGAACAACGGAUUUUUCUGAUUUUUUAAGCAUUGCAGGCUGUACAAAAGGUCGACAUAAUAGCGAGAAGCCACCCGAGCCAGUCAAACCUGAAGUGAAGACUACUGAGAAGAAAGAACUUUCUGAAUUGAAACCCAAAUUUCAGGAGCACAUCAUUCAAGCCCCUAAACCAGUAGAAGCAAUAAAAAGACCAAGCCCAGAUGAACCAAUGACAAAUUUGGAAUUAAAAAUAUCUGCCUCCCUAAAACAAGCACUCGAUAAACUUAAACUAUCAUCAGGGAAUGAAGAAAAUAAGAAAGAAGAAGACAGUGAUGAAAUUAAGAUUGGGACCUCAUGUAAAAAUGGAGGGUGUUCAAAGACAUACCAGGGUCCACAGAGUCUAGAAGAAGUCUGUGUAUAUCAUUCUGGAGUACCUAUUUUCCACGAAGGGAUGAAAUACUGGAGCUGUUGUAGAAGAAAAACUUCUGAUUUUAAUACAUUCUUAGCCCAAGAAGGCUGUACAACAGGGAACCACGUGUGGACUAAAAAGGAUGCUGGGAAAAAAGUUGUUACGUGUAGACAUGACUGGCAUCAGACUGGGGGUGAAGUCACCAUUUCAGUAUAUGCUAAAAAUUCACUUCCAGAACUUAGUCAAGUAGUAGCAAAUAGUACAUUGUUAAAUGUGCACAUUGUGUUUGAAGGAGAGAAGGAAUUUCAUCAAAAUGUGAAAUUAUGGGGUGUGAUUGAUGUAAAGCGAAGUUAUGUAACUAUGACUGCAACAAAGAUUGAGAUCACCAUGAGAAAAGCUGAACCUAUGCAGUGGGCAAGCCUUGAACUGCCUGCAACCAAAACGCAGGAAAAACAAAAAGAAGAUAUAACAGAAUGAGUUCAGAUGAGGGAAAAAGUUACUGCUUAUUUCAGAAUUCUUAAAGUGGUGAUGUGGUGGCUUGCUGCUGUAAUCUUGUUUUGUUGUCGUUGAAUCUGGCAUUUCAGGGUCAACAGUAGGUUCUUAAAAGCCAAAGUCAGUUUAUCUUUUUGUGCCUCCUAUCUAUCUUCCUUUUUUGAGUUACCUAAGGUUGAUUAUUCAUUUCUCCUCACUAGUAGAACUAUAGUGUGUCCUAUACUUGAAGAAGCUAGAAAAUAGCUGAUAAACAGUUACAGUAUUUCUUAGUAUAAUGUGUUAAGCAAAGAAACAUAAAGGAACAUAUGUUUUAUUCAUAUCUCUUUCUCUUAUCCCAUAAUUAGGAAAGCCAGGAGGAAUAUCACUUCUUAAUUGAGAUUUUUUUAAAGAGUCUGUGUUCCUAUAAUACUUGAAAAUUCUUUAAGGAAGAGAUGCUCUGCAUUGUUUUUUCUACUUGGGAAGGUUACUUUUUGUAGGAGGAUUAAUUCUGAGCUAGUGUAGUAAGUAGUUAAGGGGAAUAUACACAUUGACUAACAAAUUUGAAAUUGGAUCUAAAAAUUACAUCAGCACCUAUAUUACUCACCAAGCACUGUGAUUUAAAAGUACAGGAAACAUAAAUAAGUACAGAGGUUUCAGUUUGGUUAAAUUCACCAUUUUAUAAGACUAAGCAAUAAUGGUAGACAUCUCUUCUUGAUUAUUUAUAAAGUCUUUGUGUGGUGUCAUGACUAAAUUGUAUCUGAUAUAAGCUUAUACCCUCUUAACAUCCUAGUUACAUAAAGAGAAAAUACAUGUUUAUCUGGCCUCCCUGAUGGAAAACUGUAUCUAUAAAAUUGUAGACUUUAAGGCUUUUGGAAAUGCAUUAAGCUAUCAGAAAACUAAAUAUUUAUCUUUGCUUUAUGACAACUAUAUUACAUGUUAAAUUGCUUAAUUCUUUGGGAGUUUUUUUUUAGGCUUUCAUGAACAGCUUGACAAUUCUAGAUGAUACAAUGUUGAUUAUGUAAUGUAUUUAUUAAAUAAAGGUAUCAUAGAGAAUUAGAUUCCUAUACUAAUUGAACCCAUUAAAGGAUAGGUUACUUUUUGAGGCAAGUGCAGAGCUCACAAAGAAGCUGAAUUCAUAAAAUUAAGAAAUGCUAUAAAGGCCAAAACUCUGGCAGAACUUAAUAAGUUUGAGUAUGAAUUACACUUAUAUAGAUUAAAAUGAUGAUUUCCUAA